AUGCAGGACUUCGGUUUCCGUGCAAACUGGAAAUUGAAGUAUGGGAUUCAACUUUCUCGCUCAAGUUUCUCGAAUUGCCCAGUGGUGCUUCAGGGGAACACUCAGAUAAGCCAUCACCCCGCCAGCCCCUUUGCUCCGAUCACCCGUGUCACGUCGUGUGGCGGUCGCACGUCGCCUCCAGCGGCGUCGUCGCGCAGCAACAGCGACGUCGCGGCGCCCGUCUGUCCGCAGGUCCACCGGUCCGCCUCGCCACCGUCGGACUACCAGCGCGUGUUCGGCAGUGCGACCGGCAAGGGCCUCCUCUCUCACCAGGCGCCGUCUACUCCGACUGGUGGAGGGAAUGAAGAAGGCAGGGCUCUUUACGUUUCACCUUACUUUUUUUGUGAUCUUUCCGUUGGUCUUCUUACAACAUGA